AUGGUAUUGUUUGUCUACGAUAUGCAGAUCUUAUAUCACGUCCACAAGCACUUAGUCGAUGGUCUGUACCCAUUGGCAGAAGACUUGAGUCGAUUAGUAACGUCGGGUCGGUUUCCUCUGAGGAGUCCAAUGGAUAGAUUAGAUGCAAUCGAUUCACUCAAUGCUAUUCUUAGGGCGAAGAUUAAGAUCCGAAUGGAAGACGAGGAGAAGAAUGUUAAUUUAAUUCAAGCACUGAUAACACAGAAGACGGCGGAGGCUUUGUUUGGCUUUCGACUUCUGUCCGAAAAUAUAUUACGCGCUCUGAUUGUUGUCUGCGAUGACGGAACCAUCAGAAGAAUUAAACCCAUAGUUCCCAACGCGAGGAAUAUAAUCAUGACAUUAACACACAGAACACCGUUUGGAUCGUUGAUACCACUCGUGACGCCAUCCAAUUAUACAACUCUUAUCAACAACACUAUUAUACCCAAAGUUAUCAUUCAUCUCGAAGAUUUCAACAAAUUAGGAGUUGGCAUCUCUUCCGUAUGGAUCCGUCAAUUGGGUUCAGUUCUGGAUAACAGCGCGUAUGAAGUGAUGAGUGAUGUGGUGUUGGUAUCAGUGGUUCCCGCCGUCAGUAUUGAAGUAGAUUUUGAAGAGACGCCUAAAGUGGAGGUUGAGUUGCGUUUGAAGCGUACGGUUAGAGCGAGCGAUGAUAUUAGUUGCGGACGAAUCCGAUCUGCGAGAGAUUUGUGGCAAAGGAAAGGCUGUGAGACAAUUGCACGCAAUGUAUCAUCGAUUCACUGUCUCUGCAAUGAAGUCGGAAUAAUCGCCGCACUCUUUCACAAGUCCUCGUCCACCGACUCGACGGUCAACACCUCCGGACACAACCACUUACUUCUUGUGCACACUAUUGUUUUGUACAUCAGUUUUACCAUAAGUUUGCUGCUUCUCAUGAUUUCGCUGUUUUGCCAAAUCAUCCAAAGAAGCCGUGAGUCCUGUGAGGCGUCAUUCAUCCUCAUAAGUCUGGUGUCGUCUCUGAUGGCCAUUCAGUUAACAUUUCUGUUGGGCGCGCCGUUUGCCUUCAAAUGGACUCUCUCUCAACACAUCUGUUCAAUGGUUCCGCUUGUGUUUCAUUUCCUACACUUAGUCUCCGCUUUUUGGAUGCUCUCCCACACAGUCUUUCUCUAUCAACGCCUUUGGAGACCAUUGUCUCGAUCGUCGUCCUCAUCGCUACCAUUCUCUGAAUCUCAUCAAUCAUUCACCCCUUCAUCCAAGUGUUGGUCCGAUUGGUCGUCGCGAACCACAACAAUACUCUUCAGCCAUCAAUGGGGUUGUAAACAGUUCUUCUUCUUCGCCACUGCAUUGCCGGCCCUCUCAGUCCUCGUCUCAUAUUAUCUCAAUCCAGAGGGAUAUGAAACCAAACGAUACUGUUGGAUGUCGAUUGAGGGAGGGAUGCAGUACUCAUUCAUAGUGCCUGUCUCUGUGCUAAUUCUGACAAAUACAGUCAUAAUGUUAUUGGUUUUGAAGCGUUUCUUCGAGACGAAGCCAUUGACACAUAAGACAGAGAUCGACAAAACACAGCCGGCAUUGCGGGCCGGCGUCACUCUAUUGCCGUUCUUUGCCGUCAAUUGGUUUCUCAGCGUUUUGGCGCUCGAAGACACUGUCACCACAUCUUUCCAGUGCAUCUUUGCCCUCUCAAACACCACACUUUCCUAUCUUGUAUUCCUCUUUCACUGUUACCAACGAUACGACUUACACGAAUACAUUAAAGUGAGACUAUUUGGUGCGAAAAAGCAUCAAAACUCAAGUCUGAGACUAAAGAAGAACAGCUAUCCGGGACGCGGGCUUCGGGUAGACAUCCCUCGCCUGUGUAUCGGCGAUGACAGGGACCUGACCUCUGUUCCCAUCGCAUCCAACUCCGGCUCAUCCAUCGACUGUCAGCCACUGCUUAUGCCUUAUAGCGGCUCAUCUCCAACGCCUAACCCAAACAAUUAUAAGCCAAAAGAAUUACAUUAAAUAUUUGUCAUAUAUAUUGUGUAUAUAUUUAUUAUAUAAAUAUUGUUGUAAAUUAAGGCCCGAAACGGGAAA